AUGGUGUUACAGUUGAGUUUUGUAGCAGUGGAAUUUUUUGCCAUUCUCUGUGCUUUCACAAUUCAAGAAUCUGCAGGUAUUGGUCUGCAUUCACUUUCAGUAGCUUCUGUGCUUUUUCGCUUCAAGGACAAAACACCUGACUUUAGGCUUCAUGAAGCCACGUCGCGUUUAACAUUACUGCAAAAUGAUAUUGCUAUACCACCAACUCCCACCAGUUCUCGACAAAAAAGACAUGGAAUGUUUGCUUCGGCUCCCCACCUCAAAGCAUUUCACAAUCGGUUGCAUGUAUACCAUCCAUUAACCGAAGGCACCAAUCCUCACAGCUUAAAUGUCUCCAGCAAUGCUCAUGCACCCUCUAUAUUAUCUGGCAGCCACCCGGGCAAGAAAGCGAUACACGAAUCUGCAUUUUCACCAUCAGGCGCAUUCCAUAAGAAUCAUCGUACUGGAAGAAAUGUUCACCACUUUGCUCCUGGACCAUAUAAUCAUUCACCUCGUUAUAGUGGGAAAGGCCAUGCUUUAACCCAUUCUCCAUCUCUUUUCCCUCCAUCUGAGGAAUGGAUUUCACCAAGACCUAUGCCCUUGUCAGCACUUCCACCAAAUCAUUUUAAUAUGCCCUCGCAUCAGCCUACUAUUUCUCCAAUGAGUUUUCCUACGAAAAAUAUGAAGAAAACUCCACUGCCACUAGCACUUCCGCCUCCUCCGCCAAAUCAAGAAUGUAGACCAAUAACCUGCACAGAGCCACUGACAUAUGCACCUCCAGGAGCACCCUGUGGUUGUGUUUGGCCUAUUGAAGUUAGAUUGCGCUUCAGUAUUUCUCUGUAUACGUUUUUUACAUUAGUUCCCAAUCUUGCUAAGGAAAUCGCAAACAGUAUCUUACUAGACCAAAGUCAAGUUCGCAUUAUGGGAGCUGAUGCAGCCAACCAUCAACUAGAGAAGACCACCGUCCUCAUUAACUUGGUACCUCUGGACACGAAGUUCAACCCUUCUACUGCAUUUCAAAUAUACACAAAGUUCUGGAAGAGGGAAGUUUCAAUACGGUCUUCAGUUUUUGGUGUCUACGAGGUGGUAUACGUUCGCUACCCAGGUCUUCCACCAUCUCCUCCUUCGAAGAUUUCCAGCUCUGCUACAAUUGAUGGUCAACCAAAUUCUGGCAGCACCGAUGAUGGAGGUCCAAUAAAACCUUUGGGGGUAGAUGUAACAAGGACAAGAAAGGAUGGGACUGGCAAAACUAUGGUCAUUGUAAUUGUUCUAUCAGCAGUCACAGCUUUUGUAGUUUGCAUGGGUUGUAUUUGGCUAUUGUUGUUAAAAUGUGGAUGUUUCAGUUGUCUAAGCAAAAAAAGUCCACAAGGUUUAAUAUCUUUGGAGGGAAAAUCGUCAGGCAUAGGAAAAUCUUCAACAUUUAGAAGCAAGCGUAGCUCCGGGUCAAUGUCAUUUAGUUCUAGCUUUCUGGCGUAUACUGCAACUGCUAAAGUUUUCAGUAUUGAUGAGAUAGAGAGAGUGACCGAUAACUUUAAUGCUUCAAGAAUCCUCGGGGAAGGUGGUUUUGGACUUGUAUAUGGUGGCACUCUUGAUGAUGGAAGAAAGGUGGCGGUGAAGGUUCUCAAGAGAGACGAUCACCAGGGCAGCCGUGAAUUUUUAGCUGAAGUCGAGAUGCUUAGUCGGUUGCAUCACAGAAACUUGGUCAAAUUAUUAGGUAUCUGUGCGGAGGACCAUUGCAGAUCUCUCAUCUACGAGCUUGUUCCUAAUGGAAGUGUUGAAUCCCAUUUGCACGGAGUUGAUAAGGAGGUUUCUCCUCUCGAUUGGCAUGCUCGGGUGAGGAUUGCCCUGGGUGCAGCCCGGGGUUUGGCCUAUUUGCACGAGGACUCGAGCCCUCGUGUAAUACACAGAGACUUCAAGUCGAGUAACAUAUUGUUAGAACACGACUUUACACCUAAAGUUUCAGAUUUUGGGUUGGCUAGGACGGCAAUGGAAGAGGGAAACAAACAUAUCUCAACCCAUGUCAUGGGAACCUUCGGUUACUUAGCUCCUGAAUACGCGAUGACUGGCCAUCUACUGGUUAAAAGCGAUGUAUACAGCUAUGGUGUGGUUCUCCUCGAGCUCCUAACUGGACGAAAGCCCGUGGAUUUGUCACAGCCACCUGGCCAAGAAAAUCUUGUUGCUUGGGCUCGUCCACUCCUCGGUUCCAAAGAAGGUUUGGAAAUGAUCAUCGAUCAAGCUUUAAAAUCGAAUGUUCCCUCGGACAGCAUUGCCAAAUUUGCUGCAAUCGCAUCAAUGUGUGUGCAACCAGAAGUAUCUCAUCGUCCUUUUAUGGGCGAAGUUGUUCAAGCAUUGAAGCUCGUGUGCAGUGAGUUUGAUGAAACACGAGAGCCCGUGUCAAGAAGUUGCAGCCAAGAGGAUUUCUCUAUUGAUAUAGAAAGUAAGCAAAGUAGAAUAUCAAAUGAACUGGCAGAAGAUUUAGAGACUAGUUAUCGAUUCCCUGGAGGGGAUUCAAUUUUUGAUACAAAGAUAGCAUUAUCAGCAGUAGAUUUAAAAGUUGUAUCAGGCAGACGUGAAGGACAUGAAUCCGAUUCUUUGAGAAAAUUUAAUUCAGUUCCUUUGAAGAUGGGUCGAAAAAUGCGCUUCUGGCAACGGUUAAGAGGACUGUCGCGAGGCAGCAUGAGCGAGCACGAGUUCUCUUCAAUACAGUAA